AUGGCCAGGUAAGUGAUGUUAUGGGGACCAGUUAAGUUUAAUUAUGGAGACUGGUUAAUGGUAAGGAGACUGGUUUAUACUAAGUUAAAGGGGCCAUAUGAUUGGACUGUUACAAUACCGGACCUGUUAACUCAACUUUUGGGGUCUGUUUAACUAAUGAGGGGCAGUUCAUUUAUGGGACCUGUUACGCUAAGUUAAGGAGACUAAUAAAGUCACGGCUAGGGGGUUAAGUAAAGUUAUAGGGAGCAACACUACGUAAUAUUUUUGGAAAAGAAAAAGAGUUGCUCAUGAAAUGAUAAACCUAACAGUUGAAAGGUCCUGAUACCUGAAACAUUCUUUACUUCGUAUCAGUUUGAGCAAAGGCUUCAUAAAACUGAUAUUAUUUAAAAAAUGCACCAAGUGGCCUACCAUGAACCUGUCACCCCUGAAACCAUAACUACCUCUCUUCCCAGUCCAUCACUGGAUAUCAUUAACAAACCAUCUAUUACUGGGCAUUUACUCAAGUGGGAACCGACAGGAAUUCUAAGACAAUUUCAAAUGUCAGGCCAAACUAGCCAAACUGGAAACAUUCUCUAGGUUAGCAAUGCUUCUGGUUCUGCUACUCUGGCCUUAAAUUUGAAAUUGUCUUUGAAUUCUCACAUUAGUGAAUAGCCCUGUAUAAGCUUCCAGUUCAGCUAUUUUGUCUGCCAUUUUAAAUUGACUUUGAAUUCUUUUUUAAUAUUCCUGUACAUGUUAAUUGACAGACCAACUGUCUCUCACACAGCACGCAUUGAAAAAACACAGCUAAUCCCACAUUUACAGCUCGGACGUCCUACAUCUGGCAUUUACAGAUCAGACGUCCUACAUUCGGCAUUUACAGCUCGGACAUCCUACAUCCGGCAUUUACAGCUCGGACAUCCUACAUCUGGCAUUUACAGAUCAGACGUCCUACAUUCGGCAUUUACAGCUCAGACAUCCUACAUCCGGCAUUUACAGCUCCAACGUCCUACAUCCAGCAAUUACAGCUCGGACAUCCUACAUCCAGAAAUUACAGCUCAGACAUCCUACAUCCGGCAUUUACAGCUCGGACAUCCUACAUCCGGCAUUUACAGCUCGGACUUCCUACAUCCGGCAUUUACAGCUCAGACUUCCUACAUCCAGCAAUUACAGCUCGGACAUCCUACAUCCGGCAAUUACAGCUCAGACAUCCUACAUCCGGCAUUUACAGCUCGGACUUCCUACAUCCGGCAUUUACAGCUCAGACAUCCUACAUCCGGCAAUUACAGCUCGGACAUCCUACAUCCGGCAUUUACAGCUCGGACUUCCUACAUCCGGCAUUUACAGCUCGGACUUCCUACAUCUGGCAUUUACAGCUCCAACGUCCUACAUCCGGCAAUUACAGCUCGGACAUCCUACAUCCGGCAUUUACAGCUCGGACUUCCUACAUCCGGCAUUUACAGCUCAGACUUCCUACAUCCGGCAUUUACAGCUCAGACUUCCUACAUCCAGCAAUUACAGCUCGGACAUCCUACAUCCGGCAAUUAAAGCUCGGACAUCCUACAUCCGGCAAUUACAGCUCGGACAUCCUACAUCCGGCAAUUACAGCUCCGACGUCCUACAUCCGGCAUUUACAGCUCCGACGUCCUACAUCCAGCAUUUACAGCUCGGACUUCCUACAUCCGGCAAUUACAGCUCGGACAUCCUACAUCCAGCAAUUACAGCUCGGACUUCCUACAUCCGGCAUUUACAGCUCGGACUUCCUACAUCCGGCAUUUACAGCUUGGACUUCCUACAUCUGGCAUUUACAGCUCGGACAUCCUACUCAACAAGGUAG